AUGCCGCCCAAGAGCGCUGCGGAUCAGCAGCCGCCGCAGGAGAAGAAGUCCAGGUCUGAGCAGCGUAUUGGCGCCUACAAAGUCAUCCGCACGCUGGGCGAGGGAUCCUUCGGCAAGGUUCGCCUGGCCAUCCACAAUGGCACCGGUCAGCAGGUGGCGCUCAAGAUCAUCGCCAGAAAGAAGCUCAUCAGCCGGGACAUGGCCGGCCGAGUCGAGCGAGAGAUCGAGUAUCUCCAGCUGCUGCGGCACCCGCACAUCAUUAAGCUCUAUACCGUCAUCAAGACGUCAACCGAGAUCAUCAUGGUCCUUGAAUACGCCGGCGGCGAGCUUUUCGACUACAUCGUUCAGAACGGCCGUAUGAAGGAAGCCGAGGCUCGGCGUUUCUUCCAGCAGAUGAUUUGCGCUGUCGAAUACUGUCAUCGCCAUAAAAUUGUCCAUCGAGAUCUGAAGCCUGAAAACUUGUUGCUGGAUGAGAAUCUCAACGUCAAGAUUGCCGAUUUCGGCCUGAGCAAUAUCAUGACCGACGGCAACUUCCUCAAGACGAGCUGCGGCAGCCCCAACUAUGCUGCUCCCGAGGUUAUUGGCGGGAAGCUCUACGCUGGCCCAGAGGUCGACGUGUGGAGCUGCGGUGUUAUCCUCUACGUCCUCCUUGUUGGCAGAUUACCCUUUGACGAUGAACAUAUUCCUAGCCUUUUUGCCAAGAUUGCUAGAGGCACAUACAGCAUGCCGCAAUGGAUGCCGCCUGGCGCAGCAACCUUGAUUAAGGGCAUGCUGGUAGUCAACCCUGUCCAGCGCAUCACUAUCGACGAGAUCAGGGCUGAUCCGUGGUUCAACACUGACUUGCCGGCCUACCUACAACCGCCCGUCGAAGAAUUCUUCCACACUGGUGUCGAUCCUAACAAGGCAAUCAAGAAGAGCGACAUUGCGCCGAAUGCUCCGGAAAAGGUCCAGGAGAAGCUGCACAACGAGGUGACAGAAAAGAUUAGCAAGACCAUGGGUUAUGGCAAGGACGAUGUCGAAGAGGCUCUUCAAUCCGAAGAGCCUUCUGCCAUCAAGGAUGCUUAUAUGAUUGUCCGAGAAAAUAAGCUUAUGCUGUCAAGUAAUCCAGAAUCUGGCCUUACUGGUGAGGAAGGCAGCAGCCCUAUGAUGAGCAUAUCGUCUGCGCGAUCUGCCAUCUCACCGGGAGGUGCCUCUCCUCGCCCCUAUGUCAACAAAGUCGGCAUCCUGCCUAGCAGUCUCCCAGCCUAUCAUAAAGAUUACAUGGAGAGGGAAAAGAAUGGUGUUAACCACGACCUUCCUCCUCCAACCCUAGCCAUUAAUGAUGAGGUGCCGGCUACUCGUACGGAAGCGGAAAAGGAAGAGGCGGCACGGCGUCUAAAUCCUCACGCACGCUCUACUGUACGACUAGACGAAUCAAGCAAGCGCCCGCAAGGAAUGACGCCGAUCAAUACUCCAGCCAAGAAACCCAAGCCUGUGCGCUGGCAGUUUGGCAUUCGAUCUCGCAAUGCGCCCUGGGAGGCUCUCCUAUGUAUUCACAAGGCCUUGUAUAAACUUGGCGCAUCUCAUCUCCGCGAUGAAGGCUAUAAUGAGUUACAUGGCAUACGACACGAAGAAUCUGCGAAUGACUCGGAAAACUCAGCCAGUGGCGCUCCUUUACAACGCGAAUCUAGAGAUGGCGUUGUUGACCCAACUAGGUUAUACAAAUUACCCGCCGACCCAUGGCAUAUCCAAGUUAGGUGGCCAUCAACAGAUAUACAAAGAGAAGCGGAGCGCCGCAAAGAAGCUGAACCCGAAGCUGGAUCCAAGAGCGGUUCUCUAGACAGUUUCCAUGUCUACUCUCCGGAGGAUCCGACGUCACGGAAGGACUUUGUCGCUCUACAUAUGGAUAUUCAGAUCUAUACAAUGGAGCAAGGGGUCUUCCUUGUAGACUUCAAAUGCUCUGGCUAUGAAACCCAGGACGGAUAUCUACUUGAAGAGAAGGAAGUCACCAGCCCUUUCCCGUUCCUAGAUCGGGCGGCGCAACUGAUUAUGCAGCUGGCAGAUGCUGAUUAG